UAAGCUCUUCGGCGCAUGCGCAGUACAGGAUACAGUUUACUGUAGGCGAGUUUAUGCUGCGCUCUGCACCGUUACGCACCGGACCGGACUGAAAAUUCCGUUUCUAGGAAUUAACCUAAUUAUCAAGGGUUUUUUUUUUCCAUUAUUGAGAAUAUCUUUGAACAGACAAGAUGGAUUAGAGACACCGCUUCAUCAGAGAGGAGAGACUGCUGCAUUGCCGUUUUGUCGCUGCUUAGUUAGCUGUAGCCGAGUUAGCAAGCUAGUCAGUUUUCCAGUCUCUGGUUUGUGUUGAUGGAGUGGAAGCUUAGUUACCAAUAAACACUUCAUUAGCAACAAACCUCAACUUUUAUUCUUUGCUAAAUAACAUUGAUCCAGGAAUCUUUACGUGUUUAGUCCAGACAUAUCUGUUUAAAAAUAACCAACAAAACAAAACUGUUUUUUUUGUUGUUUGCUUUGCUAACAGUUAGCAUACGCAGUUGGUCCACAGCGUGCCUUCAGUCACGUCGCUAAUGCUACGUUCAAGUGUUGUCGGAAUUAUGGUUGAAUACGAAUUCCCAACCUAGAAGUUGCACACAAGUUACUGACACGAGUUAAUAAUAUUUUAUAAGUGUUAGGGUGUAUAAAAGUGCGCGUUUCAGAGGUCGGUGGUUGGUAGGUAAAUCUUUGUUUACUUAUUUAAUUUUUUUUUUUUUUUUAGCUAUGUAUAUUUUAUGUAUUCACGGUUUAACUUUUCUAUCUGUAACCGUUUGGAUAAUUAUGUAAAGAAAAUUGCAGUAAGUUAACUUAAAAGUAUAUGUACACAGAAUUAGAUUAGUUAGGUAUAUAACGCGUAGGUAGACUUGGAGUUAAAAGUAGUUGAUAUUAAUCACGCGAGUGACGGAGGAAUUGAAGGAGCGCCUGAACGCUGCGUUAGUGUUGCUGAGGCGCUUGGUACGGAACAUGGGCACAUGAACGGCUCGUCUGGAAGCGACAAACAAAACAACGAAAACAUGUCUACGAGUGGCUUUACGGAUUUGCGCGACAAGCUGAAGUCGAUGACGCCGCACAGGGAGAACAACAAAAUCAGGAAAGUCUCCUCCGAGCACAAGCGCAAGCGCAGCGACUCCGGGGACGAACACGAGCACGCGCACGAGGAGUCGGAGGCGCGCAAAGUGAAGAGCGGCAUCACGCAGGCGCGCGUGUUCACGCCCGAGGAGUGCGCGAGCAUCGAGGUCAAGAUCGACGAGGUGGUGGCGAAAGCGGACCGCGGCGUGUACCGGGAGCACACGGUGGACCGCGCGCCGCUGCGCAACAAGUACUUCUUCGGCGAGGGCUACACGUACGGCGCGCAGCUGGAGAAGCGCGGCCCCGGUCAGGAGCGCCUCUACCCCAAGGGGGAGGUGGACGAGAUCCCGGCCUGGGUGCACGAGCUCGUCAUCGACCCCCUGGUGGCGCGCGGCAUCAUCCCGGAGGGCUUCGUGAACAGCGCCGUGAUCAACGACUAUCAGCCCGGCGGCUGUAUUGUGUCCCACGUGGACCCCAUCCACAUCUUCGAGCGUCCCAUCGUGUCGGUGUCGUUCUUCAGCGACAGUGCGCUCUGCUUCGGCUGCAAGUUCCAGUUCAAACCCAUCCGCGUGUCCGAGCCGGUGCUGUGCCUCCCGGUGCUCCGCGGCAGCGCCACCUUACUCAGCGGCUACGCUGCAGACGGCAUCACACACUGCAUCCGGCCUCAGGACAUCAAGCAGCGCAGAGCGGUCAUCAUCCUCAGGAAGACGAGACCGAACGCACCUCGUCUGGACACGGGUUCUCUCAGCCCUUUCUCCAGUCCCACUUCAGAGAGACGGCAGGUCCUGAAAGCGAAGCGCUCGCACCGCAAAGCUGACCCGGACGCUGCACACAGACCUCGUGUAUUAGAGAUGGAUAAAGAACAGCAGAGGCGUUCACUCCUCCAACAGCAGAGUCGUCACGGCGAUGACGAUGACGAUAGCGGCGCCUCGGAGAACUCCUGGAGGAGGGUGGUGAACACGUCGUCGUCACACUCUGAACACACUUCAUCGUCUCGCCGAGUGAAGAUGAGCCGCCACUGAAGACCUCCGAUAAUUAACAACCGACUGUUAAUAAAGCACCGUGGCGUCAGACGCGUUAUAAACGUCGGCGUGUAGAAUCCAAUCCGACGGGCUGCUGGCGAGGAACGAGUGGUAUACUUACUGCGGGUGUGUUCUUAUUUAUACGUUUGUUUUUUUUUUGUAAGAAGGGUUUUGUGAAUACUGCAAGUUUUUUAGUUUUAGACCUCGUUACAGACUUCUUACAGCAGCGUUAAGAGCAAACCUGUGCAAUCAAAAACAGUUUGUUUUGUUUAAGGAUUUAAAUGUUCCCGUUCAGUCAGCUUUAUGCUGUUUGUCAAUUUCUGGCACCUUAAUAGAAAAUCUGGAAUCUUCUACGGAGGAAUCUUACUUUUUGUUUUGUUUUUUUAAGAGAUGCAUCGAUAAUGAUAUCAUUUAUGACUUAUCACAUACUUAUUUAGUCUCAGUCGUACAAAAUUUCCCAAUACCACGUGAUGUAAGCAUAGCGAGCUGGAUUCAGGAUCAAAACAAAACAGAAAAUAAUCUAUUAAAUAUCCCGUUUUGUGCCGUUCUUGUGUUUUUUUGUUUGUUUGUUUUUGUUUUUUUUCUUUUUCUUUCUGAAAAGAUGAAGGACUUUUUUUCCCCAGGUUUUCAGAUAUCCUUCUACCGACUUUUGGAAGUAAAAAUAGAAACAACACGUGUUGGUAUCAAAUCUAAGAAUUAGAUGCUGGAUUGAUUCUUCACGUCCGAUGGCUAAAUCAGUAUUCAGAUAGAGCUGAAACAUGGUUUAAGUAUUUAAUUUGUUCUGUCUGGGGAGGGGGACAUUCAGGGUGAGCUGUGUAAAGCUACAAUGGACAUUUUGAGUUGAAUUUCUUCACGCCUGUGACAAAGUUCUAUUUUGAAAAAUGACUUGAAAGGUUGUCGUGUGGUUCACUGUAAUGAGAAAUGGGUAUUUUUGCAUCAAAGAUGUACAGGCCUGAAAAGAAAUUAAAAGAUGAGUUUUCUAAAAAAAAAAAAAAAAAAAGCAAAA